AUGUUGAAUAUCGUUCGUAGCUCCAGCAACGCCAAAAGAGCCACAUUCUCACUUGUUCAAAGCAGAUUAUCGUCCACAGGCGGUUCAACUGCUCCUGGUGGCGAUACCCGUCUUGAAGUCAUUCGCCGUGUGUUAUUCGAACCUGCACGCAGAGAACAGCCAAUUCAACUAGAGGGUGAAGCAUUAGAACAACAUGAGACUAUUGAACGUGCCUGGAAGCUCCACAAAAUGCGCAGCAGAGAACAAAGAGAACGCUCUCUUGAACGUCAAUUUAGGGCCAUGAACGCUGCCAUGACAGAGUUGGAAAAGACCAGCGACAGAUUAUACAAAGGUGCACUCGUCAAAAGUCGACACAUUACAUAUCCCAAGCAAGCAAAGAUCCCCACAGAAACACCAUCUACACAGGGUUGGGAUUACACAUACAAGGCUGUGGAGGAAGCCGCUUAA